UUUUCACGAUAGAGCUAUAGUUCCUUGGGCAAAGUUUCUUAAAACGACCCGUAGAACACCGCUAGGAUAGGUAAAACAUCGAAAAAAAAUUUGACCCGCCCUAAUAUAUAUAUAUAUACACGAAAUGUUUAACCGUCUUUUUAAAACGAUAAGCAUUAUCAUGAAUUAAAAUGCCACGUUGUCAACAAUAUACAGACAGACGAACCACUUAUGUAUUUAACUAUUACAUUGAAACAAAUAAAUAUAUUCAGAAAAUUUAGUUUUAUUCAACCUAUUGUCAUCUAUGAAAUUCGAGGAUAAAUGAUGAAUAUACAGCAGAGCUAGAAAACAAAUCUUGUAAUGCCACUUUAUAUUCUUAAAAACUUUGUUGAUCUAUAAAGCAAUCUAAGUAGAUUUUUUAUUUUCAAAAAGAAAACUGAAGAAAGAAGUUACAAUAAAAUAUUGAUUUUUAUUUAAACACUACUUAGACUAUAUUCAUCGUGAAAUAGAUGUUAGAAAGUCUUUUCUAUGUUUUAAUCUAUUCUAAAGAAUACUUUCAUAAACGGCUCUCUCAUCGCUGAAGGCACAUCGUCUCUUUUUUUUCUGUUAUGUCGGUUGCCGUUAAGAUUUACAACAAAAAAACCUUAUAUUUGUAGUUGAAAAAAAAUUUCUAUAACUUAAAUUUUCAUUAGCAUUUCAGAUUGAAUUGAUUUGUUUUCUAAAUAAUAAUACAAAAUAUGCACAUAUACACUCUUUUUCUCUCGUCAUUUUCGCUUAUUGAUGCAUGUCUAUUUACUAAUCACAUUUGGGAAUAAUUUCAUUACUAUAGAUAGAUUCCAUUGCAUAAAAUUUGUUUGCACUAUAGACAGUAAUUCAUUCGUUCGAAUUUAAUAGAUAAAAAUAGUUAUUUUUUUCUACUACUGAUCUUUCCUAAAAUAGAUAAACAGCGUAUAGUCUAAGAUUGUUUCAAUUCUAGCUGAAAAACUACAGUUAGUUUGAAAAAAAAAAGAAGUAAGAGUGACUUUUCUGCUUUCUUCUUUUCUCAUUGCUGGUGAUCUUACAAAAUUAAGUCACAAAGUUUAACAAUCUUGUGGUAAAAAGAAAAAAUUCAAAAAAAGUAAAUGGUUAUGGAUGGGAGCGAGGAAAAGAGAGAAAUCUUCUUUUUAGCGUCGAAUAAUUUGAACAAUUCUCUAGACCAGAAUGGAAAUGCCGCCACGACCACAAUCAUCACUAUCGUUUCUGCUUCUCUCUCUUUUUUUUCAGGAAGUUAUGUUCAUUAUAUUAUGAAAUGAAACAAAAAAAAUACUAGAUGUCAAGAAAAAAAAAGAGAAGAAAAAUGUUUUUUUUGUAGCAUUAAUAAGUAUCACAAAUAUUUUCCGUUAGAUACAUAUUAUCGUACUGGUAUUUUAGUGGUCGACACUGUUUUGAGGGUGUGUUCCAUUAUUAAUCUUAUAUGCGGUUUUUUUUCAGAAAAAAAAGUUAUGUUUUUUAUUAGCGAAUAAAAAACGAAAGUAUAAAUAUCUGUCUGAAAACUGAGAAUAUAUAUAUAUUCUAUGAGCUAUAAUUUAGACAUUAUAUUCUAAAAACCAGAGAGAACACACAUUUAUCUAAAUAAUAUUACUAUUGCUUAUAGUAGAGACUAAGAAAAGAAGGUACGAUAUUGGUAUGAUGUGCUGUUCUAGAAAGAAAAAUUAAUAAAAUAGUUAACUACGGCUAGAAAAGGUUACUGAUAAUUUUCCUUCCUGACACAUAGAAAAAUUGUCAUUUAUUUCAUGAAAAAAGUUCCAAUUCGAGUUUAUGUUUUGCAUCGAGACAUAGUGGUCUUGUACCGCUUUUUGUGAAAAUUUUUGUUUCUUUAGUAUAAUGAGCAUUGAACAAAAAGUAAUAAAACUAUCAUCUUCAGUUCUUGUUUGAAAUCAAAACAGAGUUAAAAUGAUUUCAUUGAUUUAUUCUUUUUUCCAGCACUUAUUCCAUCUCGAACAACAGUAACAAUGAGUGAUCGUGGUGGUAAUCGUAGGGAUUAUCGUGAUAACGAUAGAGAUCGAGAUGAUUCUCGUCGUGAUCAAUCUGGAGUUGGUGCUUCUUCUCAAUAUACUACUAAUAAUAGGGAAGAGUACGAUUCGUCUCAUUAUCAGUCAGCAAUUGGUCCGAGAUCAUCAAGUGUUUCCACAAAAAAAGUGAUGCCAGCAUCAUCAAGUGUUACUGUAGAACGAUUUUAUUCGUAUGGUGCUGGUGGAAUUCCUUUAAAAUCUGGAACAAAAUCAGCUGCAGUUGUUGCCAUUAGAGAAAAUCGUGAACGUGAGAAACGUGAAUUGGGCCAAUUAAAUGAUCGUUUUGCAAGUUACAUUGAACGUGUGCGUUAUUUAGAAGCACAAAAUAAAAAAUUACAGUUAGAAUUGGAACAUUUACGAGGUAAAUGGGGAGAACAAACAUCAAAAGUAAAGGAUAUGUUCGGAGUAGAAAUUCGAGAAGCACGUCGAAUUAUCGAUGAAACUGCAAAGGAUCGUGCAACUGCUGAAGUACGAGCCAAACGGGCGGAAGAAGAUACAAAAAAUUAUAAAGACAAAUACGAAACAUUAUUAGCCGGUCGUAACUCUGAUCGUCAAAAAAUUGACUCUCUACAAAAACAAUUGGCCGAUAAUGAAGCCGAUUUAAAUUUAUUUCGACGUCGAUUAGCCGACUUGGAAGAUGAGAGUAAACGAUAUCGUCUUGAAUCGCAAAAACUCAUCUCAGAUAUUCAACGUAUAACACAAGAAUUAGAUCAAGAAACAAUAUCAAGAGUACAAUUAGAAAAUGAAAAACAAAGUCUUGAAGAGGAAAUUAAUUUUUUGAAACAAAUACAUGUUCAAGAAAUUGAAGAAUUAAAACAGACAAAUUUAACAGGAACGGCAUUAGAUCCAUCUAAUUUUUUUAAACAUGAAUUAUCGAAUGCUAUAAGAGAUAUCAGAGAAGAAUAUGAACAAUUAAAUAAUCAACAACGAACAGAAUUAGAAUCGUGGUAUCGAAUUAAGGUUACACAAGCGGUUCAAGAGGUUCAAGCUCGACGUGCAAUUGAAGCACCAGAAAAUAUUCGAGAACGAGAAGAAAUAAAAAAAUUACGUAUAAUUGUUACUGAUUCAAGGAAAGAUAUUGGAAUCGUAAGACAAAGGAAUGCUGAACUUGAGAAUCGUAUUCAAGAAUUAGAAGAAUUAGUUCAAAUUGAAAGACGAGAUGCUGUAGAAUCAACAAACGAGCGCGACAGAGAAAUUCAAGAAUUACGAACACGAUUAGAAGAUUUAGGAAAAGAUUAUGAUGAACUUAUAACGACAAAAUCGUCACUAGAUGCCGAAAUAGCCAUAUACAGAAAGCUUUUGGAAGGAGAAGAAAAUAGAGAAGGACUGAGACAAGUGGUUGAAAAUGUAGAAGAACAAGCUCGAGCAGAUUUCGCAGCAGCGGGAGGAAUUAGUGGAGGCGGCGGCGGAGGCGGCGGCGGUGGAGGUGGCGGUGGAGGUGGGAGCGGAGGUGGGAGCGGAGGUGGUGGUGGGAGCAGCAGUAAUAUUGGCGGUUCAUCAUAUUCCUAUUCAAGAUCAUAUCGUACAACGAGUGGCGGUCAAGCGGAAAGUGAUAAUCGUUCAUCAGCAGACCGAGAUGUUGGCGGAAGACGAGAAUUCACAUCAUCCGGCGAUCGUGGUUACGGUAAUGAAAGAUCAACAACAGAGUAUAGUUAUGAACGUCGAGAAGGCAGUGGUGGAACAGGCAGUUUUCGAGAACGAUCAUCUCGCGAUGAUCAACGUUUUGAUGACAGAGAUAGAGGACAUCGCGAUUCAAGAGGGGGAGAUUAUCAUCGUGGAGGUUCAGGUUCAUUUGAGACCAAUCGUAGCACUUCAUCUCGAAGUAGAGAUGAACGUGGUCGAGACACAAUUCGAGAAGAGGAUUUCUCAUCGCAGGAUUAUAAUCGAGGUAACGAUAAUCGUCCUCAAACUAAUCGUGAUGAGCAGAUUGGAGGAGGCAAAGCUAAUUUUCAAACGUCGGGCAGACCAGGAAGUGGUCAAACAUCGAUGCGUGAAGAUUCGCGUGGUUCGAUACGUGAAGAAACAUCCGAUCGUGGCUCGGGUGUCAUACGAGAUCGAACAAAUUCUUCUGUUAGAGGAGAAGCUGAUGAUUCAAGUGUAGAAGAUCAAAAUGAACGACGUGAUCAAUUAAGCCCAAUCAAAGAUGAAGGCUAUGGUCAUAUCCGUUGCGGUGUUCGAUUUGAUCGUACACGAAGUAAAUUGAUUGUUCGUAUCCAUGAAGCAAAGGAUUUGAUCAACACGGAUAAAAAUAGUUUGUCUGAUCCUUAUGUGCGCAUUCUGUUAUUACCAGACAAACGAAAAAAGACAAAAAGACGAACAAAAGUCAUUAAGGAUUCAUUGCAACCAUCAUGGGAUGAAACAUUCGAAUAUGAUUUAUCAUUGGAGGAAGCACGUAUGAAAACGGUUGAUGUAACGGUGAAAAAUAAUCGAUCAUUAUUUAGCACCGAUAAAGUAUUUAUGGGACAAGCAUUGAUCUCAUUGGGUAAUCUAAAUUUAGAUGAUGAAAAUAUAGUUGAACAGUGGUAUGUAUUGGAGCCCGAAGGCGCUUUGGCUCUACGAUUAAAAGGAUUAGAUGCUUAA